AUGCCACCAAUCCGUACAGAGAAGAAGAACAGUGUUGCGCAAGCUGCUUCUUCGCGCGGUCUCGCUGCCUUUGGCUUUAAACCUGCCCCGAAAGAGGAGGUCGUAGCCGCAGCGGCCCGAGCAAAGCCUCCAGUCGCAUCACGACCCGCCGCAGUCCAAGUAGAGCAAGUAGCACAAGUAGUACAAGACGCGCCGAAGCCAAAACCUCGUCUUCCGAAGCCCCUUGUCAAAGGAAAUAAACAAGCCGCCUUCGAAGAUUCCAGAUACCACUGGGACGACAAGUACCACAAAAUCGUUGGAACAUCGACACGAAAGAUCAUCUUUGGAAGAGGCUUCAAACUGGCGGAAAACUUGAAGAAGGUGUUCCUACCCGGGGGUAGCGGUCCCAGCAUGAGUGACGAAGGUCUAAUUCACCUUCUUACCUUCUGUCGUGACAUUACCCAUCUGGAAUUCUCCGGUCGUGGUAUUACCGAAGCCGCUUUCCAGCAAAUGGCCGCUAACCCAGAUCUGGCGCCGAACUUGAAGAAACUACGCCUGAGCGACCAGUCUUCGGACAAAAACUACAUGCGUGGCAUGCGAGAGUUUGGAAGGUCGCGACCGACGCUACCAAUCGAGCAGGUUCAUCGUUCGCAUUACAAGAAGUAUGAUUCGUGGUACAUGUCGACUAGUCAUACAACAUACAUCAAUGGUAGAAAGGUGUCUACUAGUAUCCCUGUUGACACAUGA